CUGCAACUCUUACUAUCGUGUGCUUCUUCCUAUGUUACGUAUUUCACUUGCAAUUGCCUUUUAAUGUGACCCCCACAUAUUUCGGGCAAAGCUAUAAAUUGUGUAAUAAUGAGAAAAUAAUUACAACACGGUAUCUUUAAAUUUCUGCCUAACUUUUUGGGCCAAAAAAAACAUAAUCUCAAACUCCUUUGAAUCACAGAAAGAUGAAGGAAACAUGUGAAGGAACAAACUUUUGGACCCAAGAAAUACCAACUCUUCCACAAGACCUCAUCACUGAAAUUCUCAUCAGGUUACCUAUCAAAACUCUCUUGAAAUUCAAGUGUGUUUCAAAAUCAUGGCUUUCUUUACUCUCAAACACUGUAUUCCACAAAUCCCAUGUCAAUUUUUCCAUAAAGAACUCCAAAAUGACUGAUUAUACACUUGCUGUUGUAGCCACAGUUUCUGGUUUGGGUAAAAUCUGCCAUGUUUACAACAUAAGCUCUGAAAAUUCAUGUGUUACUGUUGCUAAACAUGAUUGUCCUCCUAAAUCUUUGUCUCUGUCAGCUUUUCUUUUGGGAUCUUGUAAUGGCUUAGUUUGCUUAACUACUGAUUCAUUUGAACUAAUGUUAUUGAACCCAUGUACUGGAAAGUUUAAUGUAAUUCCUGAUACUACGAUUCAGUAUAAAGUUGGUGCUGGUGGUUGUUAUGUUAGAUAUGGAUUUGGUUAUGAUGCAUCUGUUGAUGAUUAUAAGGUUGUCAAGAUCUUUAGUUUUCCUCAAAGUGAAGGCAGACAUGUGAACAUGGUUAAUGUUUAUAGCUUAAAGGCUAAUUCUUGGUCUACUAUUAAGUGUUUUAAUAGUGGUUAUAUAACUGCAAAUGUUGGUGUUUUUGCAAAUGGAGUUCUUCAUUGGGAAGUAGGCGAUCGUGGUAUUUCGGAGAUUGUUACUUUGGAUUUGGCUGCAGAGAGAUACGGAAAAAUAGCACUGCCGAGUUACAAAGAUGGAGUUAUUCGUUGGACAUUAGGUGUUUCAAGAGGGUGUUUAGUUGCUUGUUGCAACUAUGAACCAAAUAAUGCAGAUAUGUGGGUGAUGAAAGAAUAUGGUGUCCAGGAAUCCUGGACUAAAUUGGUUACCAUCUCAUCACCAGUAGAUCGAAGAGUUUACAUCUCACCAUUGUUUGUGGGAGAGAAUGGUGAUGAGUUUCUGGUGAAGCUUGGCACAGAGCUAACACUGUACAAUUCAAGAAAUGCAUCAUUCAAGCGACUUGCCGAUUAUGUGUCGGGUGAUUUUCUUCAAGUUCAAGUGGCCACCUACUUAGAGAACCUUAGUUCACCUCAUAUUUAGUAACGUGACAACAGGUUACACCUUGAAGGCAAAGAAAGAGAGGGUAAAAGAUCUCUUUGAUUGCCUGGCAGGGGUGGAGCAAGGGUUCAUCCGAACCCCAUUUGACUCAUAAAAUUGCACUGUAUAUACAAGGUUAAAUAUAUAUAUAUAU